AUGUCGUCCCCAAGAAAUGAUUCCAGGACAAACAGCGUCUACGUCGAUGCACCAGAAUUCCCCGUCGACCAUACCGACGAGACAGUUGCUACUUCUACCGCCACUGCAGCGACUUCACACCAUGGAUUGACGGCCACCUCACAAGUCCGCUCCCCCGCUCCCGAACCCUCUGCUCAUACACCUUUGCCCGCUGGCGACAGCGACGGCGAAGAGGACGAGGACGAGGAUGACGAGGACGAGGACGAGGACGAGGAGAGCGAAGGCGGCGAUGACGAUCAAGUGGACGUCCACAUGUCCGGGGACCGAGGACGGAGUCAACGUGGCCGAACCCCCAACGCUGCCUCGACCGAGGAGGACGAGGAUGAUGAUGACGAUGAAGAGAUGGUGAUGCAGGUCGAUCCAGCAACCGGAUUACAGAGGGCGACAUCUAUUCCUCGGGUCCGUAGUCGAUCAUCUUCACUCUCCAACCGCCUUCGACGGCAGCAUCAGCGUAUGACUUCUUCCUCUGGAUCUUCUUCUCGGGUAGGUCGACCUACGUCUUCCUCCGGUUCUCGACCAGCAUCGGGGCAACAAGCGGCACAACAACCUGCGGCAAGGUCGAACACUGUCCCUCUUGUUGACGAAAAGGACCAAGCCGAGUUGAGGAGGAAGAUCAUGGAUAUCCAAAGAGAUCCAACCAUCAGCUUUGCUGACAAAGCGUCCAUGAUUCAGAAAUUGAUGUCGUCCAAGUGGCAGGGAGCACAGUCGAGCUUAGCAUCACAAACGGCCGAUGAUUCUACAGAAGGGACAGAGGCAACAGAAGAGGACUUGAAAACGACCUACAAUAAUACCGACAGGAACUAUCUGGGAUGCAAGCACUACAGGAGAGGAUGCAAGCUGAAGGCCAACUGCUGUGGCAAAUGGUUCAACUGCAGGUUCUGUCACGAUGAUGUAUGCAAUCACACCAUUGUCAGGAACGAGACAAAGAUGAUGCUCUGUAUGCAUUGCAAGGCAAUUCAACCUGCUGCCCAAAGCUGCGACUCUUGCAGCGCCCAGCUUGCAAACUAUUACUGUGACAUCUGCAAGCUCUGGGAUGACGACCCCGCCAAGCCGAUUUACCAUUGCGCGGACUGUGGGAUCUGCAGGAUUGGCAACGGACUGGACCAGGACUUUUUCCACUGCAAGAAGUGCAACAUCUGCAUGAACAUUCAGCUCAAGGAUAACCACAGAUGCAUUGAACGUAACCUUGAGUGCGACUGCCCCAUCUGUGGAGAGUACAUGUUCACCAGUACCACCACUGUCAUCUUUAUGCCAUGUGGACACUGUAUUCACUCCAAGUGUCACUCGGACUAUGUCAAGACGUCGUACCAAUGCCCGACAUGCUGGAAGGCCCUCGGCGACAUGACGGCGUACUAUGCCAAGAUCGACAAUCUCUUGUCAGAACAAAAGAUGCCCCCAGAAUAUGCCAACUUCUUUUCGAAUGUCCUCUGCAACGACUGCGAGAUCAAGUCCGAGGCACCAUACCAUUUCUUGUAUCACAAGUGCGAAAAGUGCAAGGGAUACAACACGAAGGUUCUGGAGACGUUCAAGCGGGUCUCGGAGGGUCAGGUGCAGGUGGUUGAGAAUGCGACGGCAGCUGCUGGGGCUGUUGGGACCGCGCCAGAGAACAAUAUUUCGGGAGGAGGGGUUUCUUCUGCGGGUGGACCUUCUUCUUCUUCGGGAGCCACUGCUACUGCAACUACGACGCCUGUUACGACGGUUCAUCUCCCUGAGGCGCCACGGUCACCGCUUAACGAUGGAAAUGCUACCGGCGACAUGUAA